AUGGGGGCUAGCGCCGCUGGGAAGGCGGAAGUAGCCGCAGGCAUGGCGGCGGCCAUGCCGCUUGCUCUAUUUGUCUUGCUGCUUCUGGGGCCCGGCGGCUGGUGCCUUGCAGAACCCCAGCGCGACAGCCUGCGAGAGGAGCUUGUCAUCACUCCGCUGCCUUCCGGAGAUGUAGCCGCCACAUUCCAGUUCCGCACGCGCUGGGAUUCGGAGCUUCAGCGGGAAGGAGUGUCUCAUUACAGGCUGUUUCCCAAAGCCCUGGGGCAGCUGAUCUCCAAGUAUUCUCUACGGGAGCUGCACCUGUCAUUCACACAAGGCUUUUGGAGGACCCGGUACUGGGGGCCACCCUUCCUGCAGGCUCCAUCAGGUGCAGAGCUCUGGGUCUGGUUCCAAGACACUGUCACUAAUGUGGAUAAAUCUUGGAAGGAGCUCAGUAAUGUCCUCUCAGGGAUCUUCUGCGCCUCUCUCAACUUCAUCGACUCCACCAACACGGUCACUCCCACUGCCUCCUUCAAACCCCUGGGGCUGGCCAAUGACACUGACCACUACUUUCUGCGCUAUGCUGUGCUACCUCGGGAGGUGGUCUGCACUGAGAACCUCACCCCGUGGAAGAAGCUCUUGCCCUGUAGUUCCAAGGCAGGCCUCUCUGUGCUGCUGAAGGCAGAUCGCUUGUUCCACACCAGCUACCACUCCCAGGCAGUGCAUAUCCGCCCUGUUUGCAGAAAUGCACGCUGUACUAGCAUCUCCUGGGAGCUGAGGCAGACCCUGUCAGUUGUAUUUGAUGCCUUCAUCACGGGGCAGGGGAAGAAAGACUGGUCCCUCUUCCGAAUGUUCUCCCGAACCCUCACGGAGCCUUGCCCUCUGGCUUCAGAGAGCAGAGUCUAUGUGGACAUUACCAACUACAACCAGGACAAUGAGACAUUGGAGGUGAACCCACCCCCAACCACUACAUACCAGGAUGUCAUCCUGGGCACUCGGAAGACCUAUGCCAUCUAUGAUUUGCUUGACACCGCCACGAUCAACAAUUCUCGAAACCUCAACAUCCAGCUCAAGUGGAAGAGACCCGCAGAGAAUGAGUUCCCCCCAGUGCCCUUCCUGCAUGCCCAGCGGUAUGUGAGCGGCUAUGGGCUGCAGAAGGGGGAGCUGAGCACACUGCUGUACAACACCCACCCAUACCGGGCCUUCCCGGUGCUGCUGCUGGACACCGUACCCUGGUAUCUGCGGCUGUAUGUGCACACCCUCACCAUCACCUCCAAGGGCAAGGACAACAAACCAAGUUACAUCCACUACCAGCCUGCCCAGGACCGGCUGCAACCCCACCUCCUGGAGAUGCUGAUUCAGCUUCCGGCCAACUCAGUCACCAAGGUUUCCAUUCAGUUUGAGCGGGCGCUGCUGAAGUGGACUGAGUAUACCCCAGACCCUAACCAUGGCUUCUACGUCAGCCCAUCUGUCCUCAGCGCCCUUGUGCCCAGCAUGGUAGCAGCCAAGCCAGUGGACUGGGAAGAGAGUCCCCUCUUCAACAGCCUGUUCCCAGUCUCCGAUGGCUCUAACUACUUCGUACGACUCUACACGGAGCCGCUGCUGGUGAACCUGCCGACACCGGACUUCAGCAUGCCCUACAACGUGAUCUGCCUCACGUGCACUGUGGUGGCUGUGUGCUACGGCUCCUUCUACAAUCUCCUCACCCGGACCUUCCACAUCGAGGAGCCCCGCACAGGCGGCCUGGCCAAGCGGCUGGCCAACCUUAUCCGGCGCAUCCGAGGUGUCCCCCUCCUCUGAGUCUUGCCCUUUUCAGCAGCUGCAGCUACCAUUUCUCUCUGGGGAGGGGUGGCGGUAGGCCCAAGGGCUCUUUCUGCCACUCGCUCUCCUCAGAGUUGGCUUUUGAACCAAAGUGCCCCGGACCGGAUCAGGGCCUACAGCUGUGCUGUCCAGUACAGGAUCCAUGAGCCAAAUGUGGCGUUUGAAUUUGAAUUAAAUUAGAAAUUCAUUUCCUCACCUGUAGUGGCCACCUCUAUAUUGAGGUGCUCAAUAACCAAAAGUGGUCAGUGGCUGCUCUACUGGACAGCAGAGGAAAAGACUUCGGUCACUGCAGAAAGGUUUGUUGGCAGCACUGGCCAAGGUGAUGGGUUGUGCUGCACGGUGUGGUCAGUGUGUAGUGGAGGGAGUUUACUGGUUGUGGAAUAAAAAUGACGUUUUCUUGGUU